GUCCUAGAUCUCUAUCCCCAUCAGUGAUCUUGGAUCCAAACUGUGAGGUGCUUCAGCCAAAGUCCAACUCAGCAAAUCAGUUUUCGUUAUUCAUCAAAAAUGGCCGAUAAUUUUUCGAUGCGUGGCAACGGACACGAGGCGAACGACGGAAGAAAAUUGUUCGUUGGAGGAAUAGUUGCCGGAAUAUCAGAGAACGACUUGCGGGGACACUUUGGUCAGUAUGGAGAGAUUGAAACUGUGGAUGUCAAGACUGAUCCCGCCACUGGACGACCACGUGGUUUCGCGUUCAUCGUAUUCCAAAGCGACGAUUCGAUCGACAAGGUUGUCGCCAAUGGACCUCACAAUAUCAACGGUACAGAGAUUACUGCCAAUAAAGCCAAAUCCCGGCAGGGGAAAAUUUUCAUCGGAGGGCUUGUACCGGAAAUUAGCGAUGACGACAUCGAGUCCCACUUCAGCCAGUUCGGUAAGAUUGCGGCGGUUGACAAGCCGAUGGAUAAGCAGACGAAUCAGCGCAAGAACUUCUGUUUCGUUACCUUCGAGUCCGAGCAGGGCGCUACGGAGGCUCUGAAAUCGUCGAAGCAAGCGAUUUGUGGACAUGAGGUGGAUGUGAAGAAGGCAAACCAAAAACCCCAAAAUGGCCAGGGUGGAGGAGGCUUUGGUGGACAGCGAGGUGGUGGCUUUGGUGGACAACGAGGCGGUGGAUUCGGUGGGCAUCAACGAGAUGGAGGCUUUGGUGGACAGAGGAGCUUUGGCCAAAAUAACUUCGGUUCCGGUGGUUUCGGUGGUCAAAGAGGAUUUCAGCAAGGAGGUGGAGGUGGCCAAGGAAAUGGAUUCCGUAAUGGUAACGGUGGCGGCUUUCAAGGUGGCAAACAACGCGGCGGCCGCGGAGGGUUCAACCAGUCGAGGCAACAGCCAUAUUAGAGUUGCAACGAUUAGUGUUAGGGUUAGGUGUUCUAGUAAUUAAAUGCCGAUAUAAUUUAUUUUCUAGUGAUAAAUGUGCCGGAUAAAAGUGAUCUAGAAAAGUAGUGGUAUUUAAAUUUAUAAAAACCUUUCAUCUGAUAUCAAUAAACUUCAAGAUUGCAACUCA